AGUAUGACAGGUUUUCCGGGACACGUUGGAAGUUUCUACAUGACACUUUAGUGCGUGUUAAAUAUAGUAUCACCAGUUUCCAAAUGCUAUAAAAUGGGUUCUUCUUGUAUUAUAUUCAUUUUCUACUUGACCAGAAUAGACAAAACGCCAUUUAUUAAACACAAUUCGCAAAAUGAUUGGAAUUCAAUCACUUCCGUGUUUUGAACAGUCAAGAAUGGAUUCGAAGUGUCCUGGUGAGUCCGAGGAACAAACAGAGCAAACGAUACAAGAAAAAGAUUCCUACAGUUUUGGAAACACUGGAAAUUUUAGUGACGGAGUGCUGCUUAAUCAACAGUCAGCAUAUUAUUUCAGACAUCUUAUCAAGAAGUAUAAAAAACACAUGGGGGAGGAAUUAGGAACUAGCAGUGUGUGUUCCGGUGGCUUACAGCAGUAUUUGAUUAAGCAGCAUGAGCGCCAAGAGAGACUCAAGACUGAACAAGACGAAACAACACAACAUCAGUCAAAGUUUGAGUGUUUACGUGUUGAUGUGCGCCUUCACAUAUUUUCUUUCCUAACGGCAACAGAAUUAUGCAAGGCUUCCCAGGUAUGCCGAAGCUGGUAUGAUAUUACUGAGGACAAUCUGUUAUGGGCUGGCCUACUGGAAAGGGAUAUUCCUAAAUGGGAUGUUAUUGGCCAUAAUACCAACCCAGCAAUGUACAAAGAAGUUGAGUCUGAAUGGUCCAACAAGGAAAUCUAUUUGAGAUGCUCCCCAGAGGUAAACACAUUAAUGCACCAGCAAAAUGCCUUGAUCAACAACUUAACAAGCAUGCUGAGAUAUUUCUUUCCCAAGAAGACACCGAUGUUGGCCAUGUUUGGACCAGGGCUGGAGUCACAGACAAGUGGGCUGGUCAGAAAAAUAAUGAAUGGCUCUAUGUUUGAAAGUACUGGAUUAUUUCCUGGGAAAUUUGAUGGUGUAGGAGGAGGCAUAACUCUCAAGAGUCCCGAAGGGGCCCAAUUCCAUUGGUCAGUGAUGUACUCGGCCUCCAAAAAGGAGCGGGAGCAGUCCAACCGGGAUAGAUCACACAAACACAGGAUGAUGCGUGAGAGACGAGAUAGUGAUGGGAACGAGAGAUUUGAACUUGUUCCAGCCGUACAGGACUUCUGUAAAACUGUGGAUGGCUUCAUUUAUGUGGUUGAUGCUACAGAAGAGGCACCUGCAGUGGAAACUGGCCUCAAUGAGCUGGAAGCCAUGUUGAGUGAGCGAUGGUCAGCAACCCAUGUCCCCGUGCUCGUCCUUGCUACAACCCUCGAGGCCACCACACCGAGACUUUCCUGCUUCGAAGUUGUAGAGAGACUCAAGUUGUCUCAGCUUAGUAGACCUUGGCAGGUUCGUAGUAGCAAUGUUGAAUCCCUCGAUGGACUGGUAGCUGGCUUCCAGUGGCUUGCUGAACAGUCGCAGAGAAAAUAUUAAACAAUCAGUCAAGAAAUACCUCACUGUUUUUGUUAAUCACAUGGUUGUUGAUUUCCUUAGACUGUGAAUUUACAUGACUGUGUCGAUCAACCUUUCAGUUGAUCAAUAGAAGGAUUCUGUACUCAUCAGUCGAUAAUAAUUAAUACCCCGGUACUUUAAUAGCACAAUAUUUUAUGAUCAAAUGACUUCAAACCAACAGCCUCCAAGUAUGAGAGUGUGGAGUGAACAAUCAUAUGGCAUUAUGUUAUAUAUCAUGUAUGGAAACAUGUACUACUUGAUGAUGUUAGUAAAACAUUUCACAAUAUUUGUUCUACAGCAGUUACUUAUUAUAAAGUUGCCUUUAAGUAAUGUCCAUGUCUGUAUAAUUGUCUGUGUAAUAUAACAUUCCAUAUAUGAUGUGUUUAUAACUGUUUUUUGUCUUUCAUAUUUUCCAAAUAAUAAAUAAAUCAAAGUAUGAAAAUAGGAAAAAAAACACAAUGUGAUAUAAUUCUACAGUACUUGUUAUUAGUUGAAAUAAAAUAAUAAAUACAUGUUGAAGAUUUUA